GAGGACGCUUCCGACUGGUGGAUUGACCACUGGGCUCGGAGGCCGGAGGCAGAGAUUCAUGCACUCACUUGGGAGCAAAUGAAGACGAUGGUGCGUAGCAAGUUCCUUCCCCAGAGCUUUUGGGACAGAAUGGAGCAUGGGUUUUACCACUUGCAGCAGGGCAGCUCCACAGUGGAUGAGUAUAUCCGCACCUUCACCCGCAUGUGCUUUUCUGCGGGCGACGCAGUGAACACCGAUGCCAAGAAGGCCCGCAAGUUUCUUAAGGGGCUCAAUCAGAGGAUCCGUGAACUGGUGGGGAGUCACGGACUGAUGUCUUAUGCAGAUACCGUGAGUCGGGCUCAGGAGGUAGAGAGUUGUCUCAUUCCGAUAGCCCCAGUCCCUUCAUAUUAUCAUGCCUCCCAGCCUUCUCAGACCGUUGCUCAGUACACCCAGCCCAUCUCAUCUGUGCCGCCCGACUCUAGUUCGGGCAAAAGGAAGAUUGAUUCCCACCAGGAUAACAAGAAGGGAAAGCGUGCAGCCCCAGACCGCCGCGACAUUCCACCUGCCACCCAGGGUCAACUUCCGAAAUGUUCAAACUGUGGCCGACCCCACUCUGGGCAAUGUCGAUAUACUCAGCGAGUCUGCUUCAACUGCCUCCGCCCUGGACAUUUCAUCAGUGCGUGCCCCGAGCCCCGGAGGCAGCCGCAUCAGCAGCAGCCACCCCAACAGCAGGAACAACAUCUUCCACCACCGCCUCAUGCAAUGCAGCACGACUUGCCCAAGAAGGAGCGUGACCCAGGAGGCUUUAUUAUCCACAUCGCCUUGGGUAACGGGAAGGUAGCUUCGGGGAUGCUUGAACUCGGAGCCGGAAUUAAUCUUAUGCCUUUCUCGAUUUUUCAGAGGCUUGGCCUUGGGGACUUGAGGCCAACUCGCAUGUGCCUCCAGUUAGCAGACCGUUCCAUUCGGUACCCUAAGGGGAUAGUCGAGGAUGUUCUCGUGAAGGUGGGCAAGCUCAUCAUCCCAGUGGAUUUUGUUGUUUUAGACGUUGGAGAUGUGCACGAGAAUGGGAAGGAUCACACCAUCCUCCUCGGGAGACCCUUCAUGGCAACAACUAACACUCUUAUCGACGUGAAGAACGGAACCCUGAAUAUGACAGUUUUUGGGGAAUCAGUGUCUAUUUCCGUUCGAGAGGCCGGGUCCGCAUCCUCGGUCAAUUUUGUAGAAGAGUGCGCCUUCAUUGAUCAAACCGACCCCUUUAUCAAUGAGAUGGUACUUCAUGAGUUCGAGGAAGU